UCCCCAGGACCCCUCCCGGAGCGGUGCCAUGGCGUGUGGAGUUACGGCGAUACCGGCUGGACGGAACUGAACGGCCGCCCCCGGGGCGGGGGGAGCCGCGGCGGAGGCACCGCUCGCACUUCGCAUGUCCGCGGCGCCCGGGAAGUCGGAUGUUUCUCGGCCUCUCCGGGAGCGCUCCGGGCAGCAGCGCACGUCGUGAUCGCCGUAACGAGACACGGCGCGGUUGGCUCCAGUGACCGCGCCCCAACCCUGCCAUGUACCCCCAGGGCCGGCACCCGGCUCCGCACCAGCCGGGCCAGCCGGGCUUCAAAUUCACCGUGGCCGAAUCUUGCGAUCGGAUCAAGGACGAGUUCCAGUUCCUGCAAGCCCAGUACCACAGCUUGAAAGUGGAGUAUGAUAAGCUGGCGAACGAGAAGACAGAAAUGCAGCGCCAUUACGUUAUGUACUAUGAAAUGUCGUAUGGUUUGAAUAUUGAAAUGCACAAACAGACAGAAAUUGCUAAAAGACUGAAUACAAUUUUAGCCCAGAUCAUGCCUUUUCUGUCACAAGAGCACCAACAGCAAGUGGCACAGGCUGUUGAGCGUGCCAAGCAAGUGACAAUGACGGAGUUGAAUGCUAUCAUCGGGGUACGUGGACUUCCCAAUCUGCCUCUCACCCAGCAGCAGCUCCAGGCCCAGCACCUCUCCCACGCCGCCCACGGGCCCCCGGUCCAGCUGCCGCCACAUCCCUCGGGGCUCCAGCCUCCCGGCAUCCCGCCGGUCACCGGCAGCAGCUCGGGGCUGCUGGCCCUCGGCGCCCUGGGCAGCCAGGCACACCUCGCUGUCAAGGAUGAGAAGAACCAUCAUGACCUGGACCACAGAGAGCGAGACUCAAGUGCAAAUAACUCAGUUUCACCCUCGGAAAGCCUGCGGGCCAGCGAGAAGCACCGGAGCUCCACGGAGUAUAGCAUCGACUCCAAGAAGCGGAAAGCGGAGGAGAAGGACAGCAUGAGCAGAUAUGACAGCGAUGGUGACAAGAGUGAUGACCUGGUGGUCGAUGUCUCCAACGAGGACCCUGCCACCCCCCGGGUCAGCCCAGCCCACUCCCCCCCAGAGAACGGCAUCGACAAAGCCCGCGGGAUGAAGAAGGGGGACGCGCCCAACAGCCCAGCCUCGGUUGCCUCCUCCAGCAGCACUCCCUCCUCCAAGACUAAGGACCUGAGCCACAAUGACAAAUCAUCGACGCCCGGGCUGAAGUCAAACACUCCGACGCCAAGGAAUGACGCUCCGACCCCAGGGACAAGCAGCACCCCGGGGCUGCGGCCAAUGCCUGGCAAGCCAAGUGGCAUGGACCCCCUGGCCUCAGCCCUGCGGACGCCCAUCUCCAUCGCCGGCUCCUACCCGGGUCCCUUUGCCAUGAUGGGGCACCACGAGAUGAACGGCUCGCUCACCAGCCCCGGCGCCUACGCCGGCCUCCACAACAUCCCCCCCCAGAUGAGCGCCGCUGCCGCCGCCGCCGCUGCCUACGGCCGGUCACCAAUGGUGAGCUUUGGAGCUGUUGGUUUCGACCCGCACCCGCCCAUGAGAGCCCCUGGGCUGCCCUCCAGCCUGGCCUCCAUCCCAGGAGGGAAGCCAGCCUACUCCUUCCACGUGAGCGCUGACGGGCAGAUGCAGCCGGUCCCUUUUCCCCACGACGCCCUGGCUGGUCCCGGCAUCCCCCGGCACGCCCGGCAGAUCAACACGCUGAGCCACGGGGAGGUGGUGUGUGCUGUCACCAUCAGCAACCCCACCAGGCACGUCUACACCGGGGGCAAGGGCUGCGUGAAGAUCUGGGACAUCAGCCAGCCGGGCAGCAAGAGCCCCAUCUCCCAGCUGGACUGCCUGAACAGAGAUAACUACAUCCGCUCUUGCAAGCUCCUCCCCGACGGCCGCACGCUGAUCGUGGGGGGGGAGGCCAGCACGCUCACCAUCUGGGACCUGGCCUCCCCCACGCCCCGCAUCAAGGCCGAGCUCACCUCCUCUGCCCCCGCCUGCUACGCCCUGGCCAUCAGCCCCGACGCCAAAGUCUGCUUCUCCUGCUGCAGCGAUGGCAACAUCGCCGUCUGGGACCUGCACAACCAGACCCUCGUCAGGCAAUUCCAAGGCCACACAGACGGUGCCAGCUGCAUAGACAUCUCGCACGAUGGUACGAAGUUGUGGACGGGGGGUCUGGAUAACACGGUGCGCUCCUGGGACCUGCGGGAAGGGCGGCAGCUCCAGCAGCACGACUUCACCUCCCAGAUCUUCUCGCUGGGGUACUGCCCGACAGGCGAGUGGCUGGCAGUGGGCAUGGAGAGCAGCAACGUGGAAGUGCUACACCACACAAAGCCUGACAAGUACCAGCUGCACCUCCACGAGAGCUGUGUCCUCUCCCUCAAGUUCGCCUACUGUGGUAAAUGGUUUGUGAGUACUGGAAAAGACAACCUGCUCAACGCCUGGAGGACGCCCUACGGAGCGAGCAUCUUCCAGUCCAAGGAAUCCUCGUCUGUCUUAAGUUGUGACAUUUCAGCGGAUGACAAGUACAUCGUCACGGGCUCUGGUGACAAGAAAGCCACAGUCUACGAGGUCAUCUACUAACGGUGGAUUGUGUCGCAGGGCUGGCGGCUCCGGCACCGGCGGGACUGGGCUGCCCUGGGGGGCUGCCCUGGGGGGCCCCCGGGGCUCAGCCAAGGAGCAGCCAUCUCUGGCAGGGCUCUGCCUGCAAACACACACGGAUUUAUGUGGAGGUCUGCAAAUAUGGCACACAUUGGAGCCCUACACGGAGAUAUAUUUUUUUUUUUCCGGUUGGUUUUAGGGUUUUGGGGUUUAUUUUGAUUUUUUUUGUUUUGGUUUGGUUUUGGUUCUCUGGUUCUUUCCAUCUGCGCUUUGGUGGCACUAUAAAGGACUUCUUUUUUUAUUGUGACUUUUUUUUUUUUUUUGGUGCAUCCUGCAUAAGACUUGUGAAAAAUGUAAAUAAUGGACUAGUAAAUAGCAUUGGAAGGGUGGGGGACCCCUCCCGGUACACUAGUUGUGUAUUUUUCGUCUGCUGUAAUUGUAAUUCCACUGAUGGUUUUGGUGGUGGCAAUUUUUUUUUUUUUUUAAUUUUUUUUUUUAGUUGUUUUCAAAUAUUUUUUUUUUCCCCACCCCGAAGCGUCCGUGGGGACGUGACUUUGCCGUGCCCAGGCUGAGCAGAGGUGUCCACUGGUGAAAAGUUGUUCCUACUGUCGUACCCGUGCGUUGUUCGGUGUGUUAGUGAUGGUGGGGACGCUGCUGGGACCCCGGGGGGCUGGCUCGGAUCCUCGGCUACUGAUGGGACAUCAGCAACACAAUCACCUUUGUUUUGGUUUUUGUUUGUUUUUUUUUGUUUGUUUUUUUUCCUUUUUUUUUUAUAUAUAUAUGGAUUUUAUUAUUAUUUUCGUUUUGUUGUGCUCGUAUGUUUGAAGCAAAGGGGAAGCCCACGCUGCGGGAUCGUCUGCGCAAGCCCUUCUUGGUCUUCGGACAGAAGCAAUGAGGAGUGAUUUCAAAGAAAGCAUAGUAAAUUCAGCUCAGGGAGCCACGAAAGAUAAUAGCAACUUAUGUGUUUUGUAUUCAAAUGAAAGUAAAGAAAUUAGAAUUGAUAACCUUUAAAAUACAGUUUUUUUAAAAGCCAAGUUUGCUAACAAGUAGGGUUUGUGUGUGGUGGGGGGGGGGUGGGAAGGAAGGGGCUGGCUUUGGUAGGGUCCUGUGGGCUGUCUAUGGUCUUGUGUCUUCUGGUGUGUAGGUUCUGAUGAAGAAAACCCCCUCCCUUGCACAGGCCUGCAACUCAGCCUUUUGUACUACAGGGGAAAAGGAAAAAAAAAAAAAAAGACAAAAAAAAGACGUAAUGGGAAAUAAAAGUAUUUGUGUAGCAGAAGUGCUCACCCUGUAUUGUAGCAUAUGGAAGAGAAUUUUUAUACUACAUUUUUAUGGAUUUUUUUUUUUUUAAUCUGGUCAAAAAUGCUAAUAAUAAUGCUUUUUAGGGUUCAGGUGAGAACUGCCUGGUUUGCAAAGGUGAGUAGUAGAGACCGCGGAGAGGAGGAGGUGGUGGGUACCUGGCUGCUCUGGAAUGCAUGCUCAGCAUCGCAUCCCUCUGGGCCAGGUGGGGUUGGAAGGAGAGAUCUGGUGGGAAAUGAUGUUUUUUUUCCCCAUCAAAGUAAGAUUUUUGCCCUUUUCUGUUCAAAAGAAAACUUGCGGGCAUGUUGCAGGUAAGGGCUGUGGGCUCAGUGGGGCUCUUUGGUGCUUGCUGCCUUCAUGGAUGGACCUUGUGUGUAGGGAAAGUGGUUUGAAGGGUGGUUUGGCUCUGCAAAAUGACUGAAAAUGCUCCUCGUGCCAACAGCCCUGUGCUGGCACCUGCCCAGGGCUUUGGCACUGUCCUGUGUGUGGUUUGGGGCUUGGUCCCCAAGGUGGCGGGGGGGGGACAGCUCUGUCCCCUUGUGCACUCAGCCCGGGGUGCAGGCUCCAUCCCCGUGGCCUUUGGAGCAUCCUCCCCCCCCUUUGUGUUGAUGUCAGGGGGUGCUGGAAAGAGCUGGAUGGCUUUGAACUGCCCCCAGGGCAUACUCCCCCAGCAGUGAGGUCACCCCCAGGUUGUGUCCCCUGUGGUCACUGGUUUGCAAGUUGGUGCUUCAUUUUCCUUAAAAUAAUUAAAAAAAAAAAACCUAAAAGAAAAAAAAAAAGAGGACCUGCAUGUCCCGGAGGGUUGGAGUCAGAGCUCUCCACUUUACACCAAAGUAUGUAGCAGAAUAUGUACAGCUGUUAAUAACUACAACUGGUUUUUGUAAAAAAAAAAAAAAGAGCAAAAAAAGAAAAAAAAAAAGGAAAAAAAGAAUAAAAAAGUAAAUGUAAUGAAGCUCAA